AGAUGUCGGCUCAGUCAUGUGAUCAGCUGUGUCCAAUCACAGCUGAUCACAUCAGUGCCACCUGUCAGUGUCCAUCAGUGCCAGCUGUCAGUGCUCAUCCAUGCCACCUGCCAGUGCCCAUCAGUGCCAUAUCAAUGCCACAUUUCAAUGCCUACCAGUGCACAUCAAUGCCACAUAUCAGUGCCCAUCUGAACUGCCUUUCAGUGUAACCCAUCAGUGCCAGUCAGUGCCACCUAUCAAUGCCAGCCAGUGCCACCUGUCAGUGCUGCCAGUCAGUGCCACCUAUCAGUGCUGCCAAUCAGUGCCGCCUAUCAGUGCCAGUCAGUGCCACCUAUCAGUGCCCAUCAGUGCUGCCUAUUAGUGCCGCCUAACAUUGCCAGUCAGUGCCACCUAACAGUG